AUGGCGUCAUGUACAAUUGUUUCUUCAGAAGAUUUUGCUUCGGCUUUGGUCAAAUUUCGAGUUCCGUUUCGUGGUGAUAAAAAGAAUGAAGAUUGUCUUUCACGAAUUAUUCUUGUCAUUGAUCGAUCUGGAUCCAUGGCUGGAGGUCCAUGGAAACAAGUUCAAGCAGCGGUUCAAGCUAUUGAUGAAAUGAAUCAAAAAUUAUCGAGAGAUGCCAACCUAGAACCUAUUGUUAUUACCUAUAAUAACACAGUGUCGAUUACGAACUUAGCUUCCAUUGCGAAAACAAAAGCCGACGGAUCAACUGAUUUCGUCAAAGUUUUUCAACAAGUGCAGAAAACUGUAAAAGAAAUCGGUGUUGAUAAACGUAUUGUAAUUAUGUUUAUGACUGACGGAUGUGAUUCAUGCAACAGUCCAAAUGCAAUUAUUGAUGCUCAAACAAAAUUACAAAUGUUCUUUAAAAAGUCCAAUUUAAAUUGUGUUGUACAUGUCAUCGGUUAUUCAAAAGAUCACGAUUUAAAUAUGAUGAAUACAUUGAAAAGUUUAGGUACAACUGAAGGUGUUUAUCGAUAUGCUGAAGGUUCAAAGGGUUUAGAUGAAAAAUUUCGAGAACUAUUUGAAUUUGCUGAUUUAACUGUUGAAUUUUCAAUUAAAUUACCGAAUGUUCAACAACCAAUUAAAAUCACUGGCGAAAUGGUCGAUUCCGAUCACAUCGAAAGCGAAUGUUGGUUAUCGUUAAGUGAAAAUAUAAAGCAACCCAUUGAAAUAGCCAUAGGCAAUAAUAAAUAUAGUGUUGUACCCAUGUUGACUGAGCCCGAUACAAUGUUUAUUCUUAAAUCAUUAUCAAAACGAACGAGUGACGUAAAAACGCAAAAACAAUUAGAUCAAAUUCAAAGUGAAUUACAACAAGUAAAAAUGUUCGGAAGCGGUGUUGGUGGAACGAAAGCAGAUCGGCAAUUAGCAAUGGAACUCCGUGGUGAACUUCAAACACGUUUAGAUGCUCUACAUUCCAUUAUGGCUGAUAUUGCACGUGGAACCUUGAAUCAAACAGCUGCGCUAGCGAAAAUGAAUGAUUUACGAUAUGCCGAUAAAUUCUCAAAAUCUUCACGUCAACGUCGAAUGGAUCAACGUGCAAUACGUAAUCAAGCGAAUCUCCAAUUAAUCGAUAUAAAACUAAAGGAACUCAAGUUCAAAGAAGAAACAGCGUUUACUAAUGUUGACCUUACCACAUUCACUUGUUGUUUAACACUGAAUACUUGUCGAGAUAUGAUGAUGGAUAGUGAAGAUGAUGUUAUGGGUGUUGGUCUUGUUGUUGAACGACAAGAACAUGUUGUCGAUGCACCAACCUUAAUAUCAGUGAAAGAUGUCUCGGUAACCAUUCUGUCGCGUUCAGCAUGUGACGAUGCAAUUAAAAUGAAACUCAAUAUUGCCGAUGCAGCUCGAGUUCAUGGAGGUUUCGUUCCAUCAAAAUCAGCUGCACCGACUACCAGCACGACACGAACUCAAAACAAAGCAAAUAAUACCCAAUCAGAAUUUACUCGUGGUGUUGCAGCAGAACCUAUCAAUACAUUUUUACCUUUGUAUAUAUGUGAUGCACAUUUCGAACGUGUGCAAAUCAUGUUAGAACCUAUACUUGGCUAUCUGUUUACACUCGAUAUAACUGGCUACAAAAGUGAUCAAUUAUUAGGUCUCUUUUCCAUCCUAGGGCAAAUAAUGAAUGCUAGCCCUCGAAACGGAUCUGAACGUGAAGAAAUGAUUCUCUAUGAAUUUACACGUUUAUGUCAUGCUUUUCUUCCGCGAACUCUUGAAUAUCUCGGCGAAGAAAAUGAUGUGUUAAAAAAGUUCAUGGCAGGUCCAACCGGCCGUAGCAAAGCGCACAUACAAAAUUUAAUGACACUCUUCGGUUAUAUUCAUGCAUUAGGAAUUGAAACUAUCGAUGAAUCACUUCGUUAUGCUAUUGUUGAAGAAUUGUAUCGACGUCAUUUUUCUUACAUCUAUCAUGGUACAUCAGAAAAUGUUAUUAGUGAACAUGUGCAAACUUUACUUUACGGCGAAGAUGAUGAUGAUGAUGAUAAAAAUAACGAAACAAAAACAGAAGUAGAUGAGCUAUGUUAUGUUAAAAGCAAAAAUGAUAAAACGAAUGAUGGUCAUUUUGCUCAGCAUGCUCGAGCUGUGCUAAAGAAAAACGAAAUUAAUCAUAAAAUUCCGACGGAAAAAAUCGAUAUACAAUAUGAAAUACCUGAACGACAAAUAAAUUCAAUGAAUAAUAAAAUACGGUCGAAAAUGGUUGAAUUACUAUCUGGUUUCUCAACAAAACCAGUGCAACAUGUUCUUGACCGAUUAGGCAUUCGUAUGAUGGAUAUAUCGAAUGAACAUGAAUGUAUUUUACUUCGAUCGAUGUUGGUUCAAUGUUUAAGAUUCUAUUCCAAUGAAUCUAUCAAUGGAGCUGUUUUAAAUAAAACUUUUUUUAAUGUACGAACAGACUAUGAACAUGUUCUUACAGUUGCACAUGAAGAAUUUGAUGCUAAUCGUCAAAAUUUAACAACGAAUAAAAUCGAACAAAUCCGUGUACUUGAACUAGCGCGCCGUGCAGUUUUAACAAACGAUAUCGGCGUAUAUCUUGGUAGAAUGAUGGUCUAUGCACCAACGCGAGGUGGAAAAAUAUUCGAUACUAUAUUGAGUUUAUUACUUGAUCGUAGUCAAAAACAGGUACCUUUAUUAGCCGAGAAAAUAUCGAUCAUAUUUACAGGUCGUUAUAAAGAACAUCGUGAUGCUGAAAAAGAAUUCCAUGUAUUAAGUAACGGUCUUGCUUGGUUUCCGGAUCGAUCGAUUAUUAAUCGUGUACGAGAAGCACUAGGCGAAGAUCAAUGGAAUGAUUUAGAUCAACUGAUGCGAGGUCGUACUUGCGGUCAUGUCUAUCGUUUAUCGGAUAUUCCAAAUCGUCAUGGUUAUCACAAUUCACAUCCGAAUCCUAAUUUGGUUGUCCAAUGGGCUUCAUAA